AUGCCGCCGGUACCUCACAAGGAUGACCUUGAAUCAACUUGGUCAUUCCUGGAAACAGGAAUCGAGAGCGUCAUGCUCAACCUUGACUCCGGUAUCGAUAUGAAGACUUACAUGGGUCUAUACACGGCUGUCCAUAACUUUUGCACAUCCCAAAAAGCCGUCGCUAGCGGUCAAGGCCUACAAGGACAACGCGGGGCUCAUUUGCUCGGUGAGGAACUUUACAAAUUACUCGGGGAAUACCUCUCGUGCCAUCUGAGUAAGGUCUUCAAACAAUCACAGAGCCACACCGAGGAAGGCUUGCUUGGCUUCUACAUUCGCGAAUGGUACCGCUACACGACCGCCGCCAAGUACGUGAACCACCUUUUCCGCUACCUCAAUCGUCACUGGGUUAAGCGUGAGAUCGACGAGGGUAAGAAAAACGUCUACGACGUUUACACCCUGCACUUGGUCAAAUGGAAAGGGGACUUUUUCGAAAAGGUCCAUGAGAAGGUCAUGGACGCUGUUCUGAAUCUGAUCGAGAAACAACGGAAUGGCGAAACCAUCGAACAGUCGCAGAUUAAAUCCAUCGUGGACUCAUUUGUGUCACUGGGUCUGGAUGAGAAUGAUAGCUCCAAGUCAACACUAGAUGUCUAUCGGCAGUACUUCCAGCUGCCAUUCAUCCAAGCCACUAAAACCUAUUAUGAAAAUGAGUCACGGCAGUUUGUGGCCGAAAACAGCGUGGUGGAAUAUAUGAAAAAGGCAGAAGUUCGUCUGGAUGAGGAGAAGAACCGGGUUGGUUUGUAUCUGCAUCCAGAUGUCACCAAGAGCUUGACCGAUACCUGUCUGUCUGUUCUCGUCACCGCCCAUUCAACUUUGCUCCGCGACGAGUUCCAAGUUCUGCUGGAUAACGAACGCCAGGAGGAUCUUGCUCGUAUGUAUCGACUCUUAUCACGGAUCAAGGAAGGGUUGGAUCCUCUGCGAACAACAUUUGAGAACCACGUGAGACGGGCCGGCCUGGCUGCUGUCGAGAAGGUUGCUUCGGAGGGCGAAACACUCGAGCCCAAGUUGUAUGUAGAUGCUCUACUGCAAGUUCACACACGGUACCAGAGCUUGGUCGAUGAGGCCUUCAAUGGCGAGGCCGAGUUCGUGCGUUCUCUUGAUAACGCUUGCCGAGAGUUUGUCAACCGAAACCGCAUCUGCAAGACGAGCUCUUCUAAGUCUCCCGAGCUGCUGGCAAAAUACACGGACUCACUGCUCAAGAAGGGAUCCAAGUCGGCUGAAGAGUCGGAGCUUGAGGAGAUGCUGGUGCAAAUUAUGACAGUCUUCAAGUACAUCGAAGACAAAGACGUCUUCCAGAAGUUCUAUUCCAAGAACCUGGCCAAACGUCUGGUUCAUGUGAGCUCGGUUUCUGAUGACGCUGAAACAAGCAUGAUCAGCAAGCUGAAGGAGGCGUGUGGUUUCGAAUAUACCAACAAGCUGCAACGCAUGUUCCAGGACAUGCAGAUAUCCAAGGAUCUUAAUAACAACUACAAGGUCUGGCAGGACAAAGUGCUAGAGGAUGAUGACCGAAAGAGAAUGGCCGAUGCCCACUUCCAGGUCCUGGGAACUGGCUUCUGGCCCCUCAAUGCCCCAACCACACCAUUCCUUGCACCACCAGAGAUAGUGAAAACCGCCGAACGGUUCCAGAGCUUUUACUUUGACAAGCACAGCGGCCGCAAGUUGACAUGGCUGUGGCAACUAUGCAAGGGCGAAAUCAAAGCUAACUAUAUCAAAAACACCAAAGUGCCUUACACCUUCCAGGUGUCGACCUACCAGAUGGGCAUUCUUCUUCUUUUCAACGAAGCCGACACUCUGUCCUACGAUGAGAUUGAAAAGGCCACUACCCUGGCUACCGAAAUCCUCGAUCCAAACCUUAGCAUCCUGCUCAAGGCCAAGGUCCUCAUCGCCAGCCCCGAGGGCGCUAAGCCCGAGCCCUCGACCUCGUUCACAUUGAACUACAACUUCAAAAGUAAGAAGGUCAAAGUCAACCUCAACAUUCAAAUCAAGUCCGAGCAAAAGGUCGAGGCCGACGACACACACAAAACGAUAGAAGAGGACAGGAAGCUUCUGCUCCAGUCCGCCAUUGUUCGAAUCAUGAAGUCCCGCAAGAAGAUGAAGCACGUCCAGCUCGUCCAGGAGGUUAUUCAGCAGGUCAAGUCCCGCUUCCCGCCUAAAAUCCCCGACAUCAAGAAGAACAUUGAAGCCCUCAUGGAGAAGGACUACAUUGAGCGCAUGGACGGCGAUGAAAUCUCAUACAUUGCUUAA